AUGAGUAGCUGGACCACUGCGAUCGAGCAUGCCGGGAAGGUCCUCCUCCUGGAGAAGGACAACACCAAGGCAUUGUACAGAAAAAGCUUAGCGGCGGCCCAGCUGGACACGGAGGGGCGACUGGAGGAGGCCAGAGCUGACCUUAUGCGCCUGGCCGUGCUGGAGCCAAGCAAUCGCGAGGCCCGGGAGCUGCUAGUGAAGGUGAAGGAACGACUGAAGGACCUGAAGCAGCAAGAGAAAGAAAGGCUUUCUGCUGCCAUGAAGGGCGGCCUCUACCAGGAGCAGCACAAGAAGCACGGAAAGCUGCAAGCUGCAUACGAGGAAGAGGUCAAGCGACGGAAGGAAGCCGGGGAGGACGAGAUCAGCUUCGAGGACUUUGCCAAAAAGGCGAAGGAGAAGGAGGAGGAGCUGGAAAAGAAGCAGAAGGAGGAUGCCAAAAAGCGAAAGGAGGAAGAGCAGCUGGAGGAGGAGAAGAGGCAGCUCGCCCUAGAAAACGCCCGCCGCGCAGCGGACGGAAAAGCCGAGCUCUCUUUAGAGGAUUGGCGGGCCGAGGUCGCCAAGAAGGCGCAGGAAGCCCGGAAGCGCGCGGAGGAGGUUGUGAAGAUGGACGAGGCAGAGUUGGACGAGGAGGACAAGAAGCUGCUGAAAGAGACCAAGGAGAAGGGCUACUACCACGGCCGGCUUGGCACUGUCCUUUCAGACGCUGCCCCAAAGCCGCAGCUGGUCACCGACCCUUCCUCUCCGACGUCCGGCGCCGUGGCCGGCAGCGAGUGGAACCAGGUGUGCCAGGCCGUGACUGCCGGCCUAAGCACCUUCAACAUGGGUUUGAAGAUGUGGCAGCUGCAAAACCCGAAGCCCGAGCAGCAGAAGUGUUUGCCCCCGCUGCAUCUCGACAUCCAGUCGCCGCCCGUUGGGACGAAGAAGAUUCCAGCAGGCUUCCAUCCCCUGCAAUACUUGCGAGGGUUGCCGGAGCUGAAGGGCUACAACUUGGAUGACUCACGCUUGACUUAUGUUUGCCCAGACUUGAACAGCGAAAUCGCAAUCACAAGUGAGAAUGACUGGAUUCCCUACCUGCAGAAGGCUUCAGACGGAUCUGCGCCCAGACUGGUGCUGCAUUGCAAAUGGUCUCUGAAAAAGAGGGCGGAGCAGACGAUGUCAGAUGUUUCGGAGAAGCUUCGCCAGUGGUCGAAAAACCUCCUGUUGAACAAGGAUUCCCAGGAUGCCUUCAGUGGCCAGGGUGUGGUUCUGGAGGAAUUGGGCUAUGAUGUAGACACUUUCAGUGAGGUGGUGGACAACAUGGAGCUGCCAGAGAAGAUUAUGAAGGGAUUGAAGCUUGCAGCUAAGGCCAAGCGCGGCAGCAACAAGGUGUUGCACGAUAUUUCGUUUGUGAAUGGACUCCGCACUGCCUACUACCUGAAGAUACAAGUGAUUCCGGGCGAGGAUGGUAACAUCGAUGCACUGCUUGCCAUAUAUCGCUUUGAUGCGAGAGAGGCGCAGGAGGGUGCCGUGACGGACAUGGCCACAGAACAGCUGAUCAAGAAGUACAUUGAGCUCGAUGCGACUCGUAUUUGGAAGAUGGAGGCUAAGCAGUUCAUGAGCGAGUAA